AUGGAGAUUAGAUUGGAUUCUCUUUCUUCAUCACUGGUUAGAUCCAACACUUCAACUGGAUGCAACUUGGUGCAAAUGUCAUCUCACAAUGGAGGUGAAGCUCAGAUGUACAACAGUUGGACGCCUUUUCCAGAAAAUAGGCUCUGGACAUGCGUUGAUUUGGAAAUGGCCCAAGUUGGACCCUGGAACAACUCUUUUCGCUGUAAUCGCCACCCACGUCUCAAGUCCUCUUGUGCAGAUAUGGAUCUCCCACAUUCGUGGCGCAGCAGCAGCUUUGGGAAUUUCGAUCGUUUUCGAAAUAAUUCCGUAUCAAAACCAGAAGAUUCAACUGAGGUGUACGAGGGGGAACCUAUAAAUGAAAAUGGAGACAAAAAUAAAAACUCGAAUCACGGAGGUUUAAGUAAAAAAAAAUUGUCCAUUUCCUGGACAAUGAAGAAAAAAGUGGGUAAAAAGUACAUCAAAGCCCUUUCUGAGGAGAAGGGUGAGGAAGAGGGGGAGGAUGCCCUCCCAUAUCGGAACAGCGACCCCACGAUAGGGGCCCGCACGGAGGUCUCCCUGAAAGCCAGUGACUCCCUGGACAGUCUCUACAGCGGGCGGAGCUCGUCAAGUGGAAUAACAAGCUGCUCAGAUGGUACAAGUAACCGGGACAGCUUUCGGCUUGACGAUGAGGUCCCCUACUCAGGACCGUUCUGUGGCCGGGCCAGGGUGCACACCGACUUCACGCCAAGCCCCUACGACACGGACUCCCUCAAAAUCAAGAAAGGAGACAUCAUUGACAUUAUCUGCAAAACACCAAUGGGAAUGUGGACAGGAAUGUUAAACAAUAAAAUGGGAAACUUUAAAUUUAUUUAUGUGGAUGUCAUCUCGGAAGAGGAAGAGGCCCCCAAGAAGAUAAAAGCACACCGAGGGAACGGAAGAGAAAAAUCCAAGACGCUGCAGGAGUUCUUGGAGAGGGUUCAGCUGCAGGAAUACACAUCAACACUCUUGCUCAACGGUUAUGAGACCCUAGAAGAUUUAAAGGAUAUAAAAGAGAGUCAUCUCAUUGAAUUAAACAUUAAAAACCCAGAAGACAGGAGGAGGUUACUAUCAGCUGCUGAAAAUCUUGAUGAAGAAACUACUCAAGAGCAAGAAAAUGAAUCUGUGCCCCUCUCCUUAAGCCCAGACAUCUCCUUAAAUAAGUCACAGCUAGAUGACUGCCCAAGGGACUCUGGUUGUUAUAUCUCAUCAGAAAAUUCCGAUAAUGGCAGAGAAGAUCUGGAGUCUGAAAAUCUGUCUGACAUGGUACAGAAGAUUACUAUCGCAGAAACAAGUGACUGAACACACAUUCUCAACUCUCUAUCUACAGCUGCAUUCCAUUUAACGCUUCCUGAGCUAAAAGAUCAAAUAGGAAA